UCAUUUAGUUCCGGAUCGUUCUCGCUGCCAGAAUGGUACUUUUAAUGUACACAUAGGCUACAUUAAAAACAAAUAUAUACCAACUUAAUUAAAACAUGAUACUUUAUAAGUCUUAUGUACACUUCCACAACUCUUACCCUGCGUAUGCAAAUCUGGGAUACGUUUAGUCUUGUUUUAUAAAGUCAAUCAGGUAUAGUGACAAAAAUGGAUACAAACUUCAACAUGUUUUGAUUUGUUGUGAAGACAGUGUUUCAAUGCCUCAGCAGUUGUGAAGAAGCUGCUGCACUGGCUCUUGUGAAGCUUGUUACGCCGCUGGAUCUUAAAGCCCGUCUAGUUUUUCAUGUUAAUGCUUCGUCAAGGGAAAAGAGGACUGGAAAUCUCUUCGGGUUAACGUUACAAGUGUAUUCGAUACUUUAAAUAAGAAUUUACCAAACACCGAACAAACAUACAAUCGAGGCGCGGGUAGAUUUUAAAGUCUUACAAGGGGAAAGAAUGGCUGAGACGAACCGCACCGAGGUGCAUGUUUACGAACAGGUUGUUAUCCUGUCAUCAUGUGUACUUUCGUUUUUUGGCUCACUUUUAAUCAUAUGCACAUUUGCAAGAUGGCCCGAUCUGAGAACCACAGCAAGAAAACUGCUCGUGUAUCUGUCUGUCACUGACCUUCUGUCUGCACUCUCUUACUUUUAUGGAGUUUUGAGGAGUUUUAACUCUGAUUCUGGGGAUUGUAUUGCGCAAGGAGCAAUUUCCACAUUCGCCAACACCAGCUCAUUCUUCUGGACUGUGGCUAUUGCCAUCUACUUAUACGUUUUUAUUGUUAAGUCCAGCCAGAUUUCUUCACUUCUGAUCUUGUGAUUUGUGGUUUGUGUCAGCUGGGGCGUUCCUUUCGCCAUCACUGUGGCAGCCCUGUCCCUGCACAAGAUCGGCUAUGAUGCCUCUGAAGUGUCUGUUGGCUGGUGCUGGGUGAACCUCCAGGCUGAAGACCAUGUGCUGUGGAUGCUGCUCACUGCAAAGAUCUGGGAAUUCAUUGCCUAUGUCACACUGCCAGUCCUGUAUAUUCUUAUAAAGAUACACAUUAACAGAGCACAUGCAGCCCUGUCCGAGUACCGUCCCAUCCUGACCAGCAGCCCUGUCUCUCACUCGCCAUCUUCCAUGGCAGACAGGAAGCUCACCAUCAUCCCCAUCAUCUUCAUCGUGCUCCGCAUGUGGAGCACCAUCCGCUUCCUGCUCCUGCUGACUGACUCCCCUGCAGGACACAACCCUGUGCUGGUCACCUUGCAUGGCAUUGGAAACACCUUUCAAGGAGCUGCGAACUGCAUCAUGUUUGUGCUGUUGACUCCCUCAAUUCGAUCACGACUGGUGGCUCAGCUGUGCUGCAGAGGUCAUGACAAACACUGGCAUUCACAAUCAGUGUCCCAGAACAGGACAAGUCCAUAUACGCCUUCACAUAGGGAGGAAAACACCAGCCCCCAAACCUGGGAGAACAAUGAGGGGUAAAAGCUGCUAUGAUCCUGCAUCUGCACAUUUAACUUAUUUUGAAAGCAUAAGGCUGGAGUGAAAGCUCUGACUUUACAGCUCACUGUUGUGGUUGUUGGAGUAACAUCAGAGCCUUACACUCAGCCUUCUUGUUUGACCAAGUGCCUUCACGGAUUACAGGGGACUGCGGUCUCAUGCACAAAGCCGGCAGAGCAUGGAACACAAACGCACUUUCUGUUACCGGUUUAGCUCAGCACUUUAGGCGAGUAAAACAGUACCCUCUGUUUUCAUUCUGCUGUCGCAGAUAUCUCAUGUUCAUUUAAAUAGAAAUGAGAUCUGUAGCUCAGGGGAAGCGAGGAUACAGCAGUUUAUUAUCUAGUGACCAAAAUGGCUAAUGUACUGUGAAGUGUUUUUACAAGGGAUUUAUCCCCUCUUUCUCCCAACAAAGCAUGUGCAUUCUUAAUGCAAUGUUAUUACUUUACAUUACAAGUAAUAUGGAUUUUUAAAGCAUAAUUUAUGUGUAUUAUAUGUUGUAUUUAUAUGUUCAAAUGUAUUGGAUUUAUUUUGUGUUUAUUAUGUCAUAAUCUCAUUCUUCUUUUUUUUCUCUUUUCUCUGUGUAGAGUCACAUGCACCUAACAAACGUAACAUGCACAUUUAUUGUUAUUUCACACAGUGCCUAGAUAUUUUAUCUACAUAUCAGUUGAUUUCAAUAAAGCAAUUCAUUACCUGUCA